GCAUCUACUGGGAGCAGCAGCAGUUAAAGGAGGGUAGAAGAGGGUAGAUACAUACCUCUCUAAUUACAGCAGACGUAAGGAGAAUUACAUACGGAGUUAUUUGGUGAAGAUCAGGAAACGGAAGAUUAGCUGCAAAGGGCUGGCCCCAGAAGCAGCGUGCAGAAAAAAUCCAGAAUUUAUCCCUCUAGAAUGGAGGUAGACCCUGCUGAGGUUGACCCUCAGGCGAUGGUUGAAGCUGUCAUGGAGAUCCCUGAAAUUGUCGCCACUGGCACAGAUGAAAACACUCUCGACUCGCAGGACUCUCCUGAUGUACCUGAAAAAGCAGAUGACCCUGACUACGAGCCUGAAGUCAUCCCUCUUGAAGAUGAAGACGAGUCUGAGCUCAGCUUGGCUGAGCGUCUUAAAUUCAGAAGACGCCGGCGCGGCAGAUCUCGCAAGGGCAAGUAUGAGCCGUCACAUGUGCCCCAGAUUCUUCCCAGAAGAACCAGAAGGUCCGUCAACACUGAGCCGGUUGUCCAGCAUCCAAAAGUUGUUAGGACAUACUCCAAGAAUAGCAACAUCAACCAGCUCUGUACUCUAGUUAUGGAAUGCGACUCAGAAGAUCUGAGUGACGCUCAACUAGCUUAUCAAAUGGAGUGUAAACGAGAGUUCAAUCAGGCUCAGGAUAAAAUCAAUGAGAUGAUAAAAAACAAAACUAUCCUAUUCCAAGCCAAGCAUACCAUGGUGCUUCAAAGCGGAAUUCCAAAUCACGCAACCAUGAGAACGGUGCAAACCAAAAUCACCCUGCCCAAGACCGCUCCAAGUGUGGUCAAAGUGAACCCAUUGACGUCUUCUCAGAUUAAUCCUCUUCAGCCGAAUAUUCUGCGUACCCAGACUAGGCAAAACAUCAUCAUUCCAGCUACCGGCCAAACUGGCAACGUCACAUACUUGUUGCCAGGUGGAAAAACUGGAACUGUGUUGCGGACUUUCGCUCCUGGCCAGACGGUACGCCUAGCAGGUCCAAAAAUCAUGACCACGAUGCACUCUGCACCACCUCCAAUCGCGCCUGCUCCCAUUGUGCCUACUCCAAUCAGCACGGUAGCCAUCGCUCCCAUGCCAAACCAGCUUGGAGCCAAUGCUGAAACCGUAGAUCUUACUCUAGAAGACACUGUUGACUCACGAGAAAUCUCGUUCAACAAACUCUCUGGGAAAACCUUUCCAUCCUUGGUAGUAAUGGCAAGACCCAACCUUAGGGCAAAGGAAAUGACGCCCUCAGUGGUCACAAAAGAUAGAUCCACGUUAGAUGCCAAGGUGAAAAUGGUGUUGGUGCACUCCCCUGCCAAAUUCACUGAGUGGCUCAUACAGCAAGGUUUGGUGCGCAGUGAGCAAGUCUGUAGCAUGCACAGAGACCAAUAUGGCAAUUCGAUCAAACUAAAACUGGGCAUGUACUCGGACAACACCAAGUUUCCCUUUUCUGGAGGCUAUGUGUGGAUCAGCGAGUGCUGCCCUCAAAAGUUUGUGUCAGUGUUCAGUGGAUCGCUGUUUGAGAGCUCUCCUCACCCUCCCACGGUUCUGCUCAAACUCAUUUACCAUUGGUGUUGCCAAACUUCCGUCAACAAUGUGGUGCAGUGGGUCAAAGUGGACAACUUUUAUGUUAAAAAUUUCUACACGCUGGUACGAGCAGUGUGCACAGCUGCUAUUCACACAAAGCUCGGUCACAUUGGUGGCAUUAAAUCGUAUGUGGAGGUGGGCGUCAUCAGCUUGGGCACAACCACUCAGGAUGGCCACCAGCGGCAGGUGAAGGUGGAAGUGUUAGGUGUUAUGGACUAUGAAAACAAGAAGGUGCGCUUGAUGGCCGUCGAGCCGAUGGCUGAGUCAGAGCGCAACCUGCGGAGGCGCUUCAGCAAGAUCCUGGAGCCGCUCUCUUCGUGGGUGCACCCCGCUUCAACCAUCCUCACCGAUUUCAGCAUCGACAAGUCCACCCUGCAGGCUCUCGGUUUUAAUAACGUGUACCAAAACAUCGCUUCUGAAGCAGGAACUAUGCUGGGUGGCCAACGGCGAAAUAAUGCAAAUAUUAUGGACUACCUUCGAAAGGUGGUGCCAAAGAUCUUUCUCAACACCCUUUCCCUGCUCAACCGCAAUCUCAUCCAGCAGUUCCUGGACGAACUCACCUGGCGGGAGAGUUGGGGAUAUUCUCCCCCACAGGCAUUUGACAACAUUAUUGCUCACUUAGCAGAGCAAACCAAGGUGGACUAUGGUGAGCCCUUAGUUACUCGACUCGGCAAAGUAGCUGUCAAUCCAUUCAACACAUGGAAUUAUCUGGAGCAAAGUCGUAUGUUUGCUAGUUCACUCCCUGUCUUGACGCAGCUGGCACCAACCCCUGAUUUUGACGUGACCCCUUCUGCCUUAUGUGAGGUGCAGUAUGCUCCUGGCCCUGCACACUCAAAGAGGCCAAGGGCGCAGAAAACGCCGCAGCCAAUAGUCAACGAGAAGAACCUAAACGCGUCGGCAGCUUCUGCAAUUAAAAGGGUCAAAUUGAACACUUCAGCUCAGACUUAUCUGGAUGCAUAUUAUUAUGCUGACAUGGCAGGACAGUCUGCUUUGACGAUUACUGAUCAGGACUCUAGCUUCAACGUUAAGUGCAUUAUAUGCCCAAAUACUUUCUACAACAAUGUAGCACUCCAGAAGCAUCUGAUUUCGCACGUGGUCUAUGAAACCAAUGAUAUCCAAAAAUUGCCUAAGGAUAUAUUCUGUCCUUACUGCCUGAAGAAGCUAACAACUCAGGCCCAGCUGACUUCGCACAAAAAGGACAGCCACAUGCUCAACACUGCCUCAACUAGCUGCUGCAUUUGCCAGAAGAAGUUCCCAGUGCGAGCCCAUCUCAUCCAGCACAUGCACAAAUCGCAUGUUGCUUCUGAGAUCCCAUAUCGCUGCCAUAUUUGCCAUUUCAGAUCCUCAGUGCACCAUAAGGUGGUCGACCACUUCUAUGAAACCCACACUGGCGGCGGCUCUCUGCAGUGCCCAUUGUGUCUGAAGGUAUACUACGCAAGCGGGCCGCGUAGUCGCAGCUCGACUACCAAUCUGAUGUCCUUCUACCAGCACCUGGUGGGCCACAAGCGGCAGAGCAACAGGCGCAAGUGUGAACGCUGUUGCCUCACUUUCCAGCAAUCAAAGCAUGUGUAUGAACACGAGGACCAAGAUCACCGCUCGAUGAAGAGCGCUGCUAGAGUGAUCCCAGUCGUGUCUACGGAGUCCAACCCUACCAUCAUUAUUCCCACGCCGACAUGCCCUCCUCCAGUGUCCCAGGCUGACAAGGCAGGUGACACCACCUGGGGCAGCACUGGCUCUCCAAGGGUCACAAAUUACACCAAGUGGCCGCACAAUCCUGAGCUCAACAUCAGAAUCAGCAGCAACAAAUUCAAGUGCAUUGAAUGCAAGCGCUCCAUGAAUCCCGACGAAGACAUGGAUCACUUCAGCAACUUCAUCAACUGCCUGAAGUGCCGCUUUUCUACUUGCUGCCUGUACACAAUGGAGAACCACAUCAUAGCUUACCACACAGGCAAGAAGAAGAACAAGCCGAAGAGCAACCCAGGCAUGAUCCUGCCUGAGGCGAUGUACUGCAUUUGUGGAUUCAAGAGCAAGAGGGGCAAUGAGCUAGCGGACCACUUGGACGAGUGCGAGAAAAAGUCUGCAUACCCAAAACCUGGUAUUCAGGCGCAGUCGGCUUCAUUCCCUCCCCUAAUCAAUUUGGAUGAGGGAAUAAGUGAGGAAGACCAGAACGACAAAUGGAUGCAAGCCUACGUGAAUAAAUCCAAGGACGAGGAGCGCGAAAAGCAGGAAAAGCCUGACGAUGGCAGCAUCAUGGGCUUCCUUGGACUCGUUCGCAAGCCAUCAACUGAGGACGAAUCUGCUAAGAAGGCAGAGGCUGAGGUGGAAAAAGAAGAUUCAAAGGGAGGGGAAGCUGCCAACGAGGUGUCUUUGGAGGCCAAGGAAGAUCCAGACCCAGAUUUUGAUGAUGAUGAAAUGCCACCUAUUUUAGAAGUUGAAACUGAAGUCAAAGUGUCAGACGAAGUUAUGGAGUUAGGAGAGUGAAUUUCGCUUGCUAGUUCAGAAAAUUUUAAGGCAGCAUGUUUUCUUAUAUUACUCAAAGCGUUGCAGUUAGUUGUAGAAAAAAAAGCAAGUGUGUUACAAUUUGUGGAAUUAGUGAACUAUAUUUAAAUCACUUUCUGAUCAAGUUUCAUUUUUAAAUACUAAUAACACUUCCAAACAAAAUAUGUUUAAUAUUUUGAAGUUAAAUUCCAAAGUAAUCAGUUCAUUCCGGAAUUCUUGAAAUAAUACCUGGACCGCGUAUGAAGUAUUAAAUCAAAUUGAGGAAAUCUCCAUUGAUGUAUGUAUCUGGGAAAUUUUCAGUUUUUUAUUUGUUUCUCAAAGUCAGGAUGUUUAAAUAAAAAAUGCAGCCUUAUGAAUAACAGAAUCAA